AGCCACCGGAGCAGACGCGCUUGUGACGUGUUUCCGGUGUUCUAGCGGAGGAAAAUGGCUGCGCCCCAGCCACAGGCUGCGGCGGUUUCCUCUGCUGCCGGUGUGUCUGGUCCGGGUUCUGCUGGUGGUCCUGGUCCCCAGCAACAGCCGCAACCAACCCAACUGGUGGGUGCUGCCCAGAGCGGGCUCCUGCAGCAGCAGCAGCAGGACUUCGAUCCUGUGCAGCGCUACAAGAUGCUCAUCCCGCAAUUGAAGGAGAGUCUCCAGACUUUGAUGAAAGUUGCUGCCCAGAACCUGAUUCAGAACACUAACAUUGACAACGGACAGAAAAGCAGUGACGGACCCAUACAGCGCUUUGACAAGUGUCUGGAGGAGUUUUACGCACUCUGUGAUCAGCUGGAACUCUGCUUGCGUCUGGCCCACGAGUGCCUCUCACAGAGCUGUGACAGCGCCAAGCACUCUCCAACACUGGUACCCACAGCCACAAAGCCAGAUGCAGUGCAGCCAGACAGCCUGCCCUACCCGCAGUACCUGGCUGUCAUCAAAGCUCAGAUUACCUGUGCCAAAGACAUUCACACUGCCCUGCUGGACUGUGCCAACAAGGUCACUGGCAAGACUACUGCACCCUCGACUGGCCCUGGAGGCAGCCUCUGAGGUCUUGGUGGAGGGAGGGGCAGAGAAUGAAGUCUGGCCUGAGGGAAAACAUGGUUCCUGUUACUGAUUUAUUUGUCCUGCCACAGUAAGUAGCUGGAACCAGCAGGGGGCAGCAGAGACUUGCAGGCAACACAGGCCUCAACCCCACCUCUGUUGCCUCCACCCACUCUGCUCCCUGAUGGAGGGUGGACCCCCCACACGCACACUCCUAGCUGCUGAUUACCAGUGUUCUGAAGACUUCCCAUCUCCCACCUGGCCCUGGGCGCUGACUGGGCGGUUUAAACCUUCCUCAGUCUGUCCCAGUGUAUGGACUCUUUUUUUUUUUUUUUUUUUUUUUUUUUAACCCAUUUUUCUGCUCCCGUCCUCCCUUUCUCUACCAGUCCGCUUUUGUUGCCCCCAGUGCCUAACUGGGAUCCUAUGUAUAUAAGAGGAGCAAAAUGCCCGGGUUGCCUGGGGCUACAGGAAGGCACUUUCUGGCUCACAAAUGUGCAUGAAUGUAGGCCCUGACCUCAGCACACACACAACCUAGGAGCAGUUUGGGUCCACAUUGGACCCUGCGUCAGCAGGGCUCUCUAGCAGGGGGAGGUGUGGGGGCAUUGUGCAAUGUGUGGGGAGGCCUGCUCAACAGGACUCCUUGGUCUCA